AUGCCUGCAAACAACAGCAAGCUGUGGUCGUCUCAGGAACUAGCCACUUUUUUAACUAUUCAGAGUGAGCUUGAUGGAUCAGUGAGAAAUGAAAAGGUGUUCCAAGAUAUUUCGCAGCGGAUGGCGGCAGAAGGAUUUGAACGGACGUCGGGUCAGUGUAGGGCAAAGCUUAAGAAGCUUAAAAUACAAUAUAAAAAAAUUAAGGAUGCCAACGGCCGUAGUGGAAACAGUCGCAGUACCUGGAAGUGGUACGAUGCCAUGGACGCCAUUUACGGUCAUAGGCCGGCAAACCAAGGCAGGGAGGGAGGUCUGGACUCUGCUACUGCACUUCUCGAGUCCAUGAUAGAACCUGUUGAUACAGUUGAAGGACUCUCCAAUGAUGCGUCAAACUUGUCUGAUGAUGGUCCGUCAAUGUCGUUCAGCAGCACCAGCACUAUUGCAUCACCACCUUCCAGCCAACCACAUAGUACGCCCAAUGCACCCCGGCAAACAGGUGAAAGGAGACGCUCGCAGCUGGAUCUGCGCACAGUCAUGGAGGAUAUGCGGGCAGCCGAGGAAAGGCAGCUGGAAAGGCUGGAUAUCCUUUCUGAGCGGAGGUUUCAGGCACUGCGUCAGGAUGCCCAGGAAGCUAUGCGCCAGGAGGCUGAAAUUGCACGGCAGCAGAUGGAGCAGUUGGCUACAUUCAACCAGGCCUUCCUGGGUGUCCUUGGGCAGCUUGUUCAAGUGCUAGCAGCCAGUCAUGAUACCAGACCACCGCCAAGGGAGUAG